CACAUAACGAACUUCAAGGUCAUUCACCGUUGUGAAGCCCCCGAAUGAGUAAUGUACUUACUCGUGGUCGCCUUUCACACUCGUUCUCCAACUCUGAUCAGGAUGCUUUCGAAAAUGCAAUAAUCCGAGUGGGCACAGAUUUCCAAGCUGACCUUCCGCUUUUCCAAGGCGAACCACCUCCAAGCCUUUUAAACCAACCAGAUCGUGGAGUUGCUUUAUGGCGUCCAAUACCUGAAAGUUUUCAUGAUCAAUUGGAGGAAUUUUUGAAUACAGCUACUGAAAAAUAUGGUUAUUCAGAAGAACAAGCACUUGCUUUACUUACAUGGCAUAAAACUGAUUUUGAUUGCGCUUUAACAGAUUUAUGCAAUUUUAGUCCAAUCAAAUAUGAAUGGACAAUAUCUGAACGACGAAUAUUUUUUAUAUCUGUAGACUAUUAUAAUAAACAAUUUCAUCAAAUUAAAAAACUUUUUCCUAAUCGUACUGUCAAUGAAUUAAUUCUAUUCUAUUAUCUUAAUAAACGUAAUCAACAAACACUACAUGAAAUGGGUUUAUAUGGGGCGAAAUGGUCUAGUUUAUGUAAACAUGGUUAUUUAACUCCAGGUAUUCUACCGCUACCGGAUAAUGCCCCCGUAAAGACAUCGACCAAUAAUCAUCAAAAAUAUGACAUCGAUUUAAAUACAAAUGACCCAGUUGAUGCAGAAAUUAAACGUUAUUUCGACAUGUUGCAUGGUUUUCUCCUAUUACCAGAAUUUGAAGAAUCUAAUCCAGAUAAUGAACCUGGCAGCGGCGGCGUAAGUGGUGCUGGUGCUGGUGGUGCUACAUCAAGUAUGCAUUCAGAUUCUGAACUAGAAGUACGUACACCAUCUUCGACUACAGCAACUGCAAUCAUCAACAAUGAAGGUAGUGAACAAUUAGUAGACGAUGAGCAAAAUAAUAAAUUAAGAAAAGAUACCAAUGGACCUGGUCGUAAACGUCGUAAACAAUGUGGUGUUAGUGGUAAAAGUCGAUCGAAUAUUACAGGAUUUAUAUUAUCUCAAUCAUCAUUAAAUUUAUUACCGGAUGAUUUUAAUCCAACAAAUCGUUUAUCUGUACGUAAACAUGCACGUUUUGAAGAAGAGAUUGCAGCUGCAGCGUCUGCUGCUAUAGCCUCAAAUAAUAAUAAUAAUAAUCAGUUACGUGAAGAGAACAACAAAAACAACAACAACAACGAGUUAAUUGAAAUACCGACUAGCAUAAAUCCUGGUGUACGUAGUUCUAGAAGAGGAAUAUUAUGUGCUACUACACCUCAUACAUUAAGACCAACAUUACCAUCUGGAGUGUAUCAUUCACAUAAACAAUUUCUUCGAGUAUGUCAUUACACAGCUGAUCAAUAUAAUCAAGAAAUCGAUGACUUAAAGCAUACAUUACAGGCAUUAUGUAAACAGGUCGAUGAAAGCAAUCAACUUGCUCAACGUGAAACUCAACUCUUGACUGGUAUCUCAUCGUUACAACCUCCUUCAUUGCCUAUUGAUCCUUAUUGGAGUCCAGUAGAUAUACAAGUGGCUUGUCAUGCUAUCGGUAAAUUAGGACGUGAUUAUGAAGGUAUAGCUGAAUGUUUAUUAAAUAAAACACCAAGUAUGGUAGCUACAUUAAUCGAAAUGCAUGGGCAACAAUUGAAUUUAAAUCAAUUAGCAUCGAUGUCUCCAAUUAUCAUGCUUUGACACUAUUCUCUCUCUCUCUGUCUCUCGACAUAUUAUAUAUAUAUAAAUCUAUGUAAAUAAUAUCUUUCUAUGCAUAGAACUAAUUAUUUAAUUUUUGUAAAUUUCUAUCAUAUUCCGUUGUCGUCCAUGUUAUAUUGUUCAUUUCAGAUUUUGCAUUCUUCUUGUAUAUGUGCGUGUUUUUUUUCUUCAAUCAUGCAAUUGUUAUGGUUAUGUAAUUCAGUGAUUCUUAUUCAUUUAAUGAUUAUACAUUUUGUGAAUAAAUUCUCCACUAUGAAUAUGAAUCCUCUUAGUGUUUUUUUUUUUUUAAAAAAAAUGAUAUUUCAUAUUCUACAAAAGCUGCUUCAUCGUUCUAUUAUUGUUAUUGGUUUUGAAUAAAAUCACACUCAUACACAUAUUUAUAUACACGUGCAUAUCAUUC